AUGGCAACGCAAGUAUCUGACAGCCCUGAGAGAGCGCCAUAACCUAUUUCACAAGACAGCAAACCACAAGGUAAAAGUUGGAGAUGUAGUGAUAGUGCGAACAGACAACAAGAACCACGGCAAGUGGCCCCUAGCUGUCGUUCAACAAAUCUUCCCAGGGCGUGAUGGCUAUACACGUGCGGUGCAGUUGUGGACAACCAAAGGAGUGAUUGAAAGACCAGUACAGCACCUAUACCCUCUAGAGCUACAGUGCAAGACCACGGGACCAGCAGCUCAGCAGUUAAACCCUCACGCGGAAAAUUUCAGACCUAAGCGAAACGCAGCAUCAGUAGCUGCAGCAAAAAUAAAAGACAUUGUGGAAAACGAAGAGAGAGAUGAAUUUUAG